AUGCAGGUUCAUAUCCAAACACGAAAGUUGAUAAAGCCAUCGAAUCCAACUCCACAUCACCUCAGAGACUUGGAGUUAUCAUGCUUUGAUCAGAUUGCUCCUCCAACAUACAGUUCCUUCGUUUACUUCUUUCCCUCUGAUAAUUGUAUCAGCACUUCGAUCGAAAAUGAAAGACUAGAAAAACUAGAAAAUUCACUGUCAGAGGUUCUAACCAGCUUUUACCCUCUAGCAGGUAGAUACGUUGAAGAUAGGCACGCCAUUGAUUGCAGCGACCAAGGCGCAGAAUAUUUAGAAGCUCAACUGAAUGCCAAUCUAAAUCAAUUUAUCCUGGAAGAGUUAGAUGUUGAAUUGCUGAACCAUUUGGUUCCUUUUCCGAAUGAGCUCAUCUUUACUCCCACAAUCCUGGCGGUUCAAAUUAACAAAUUUGCUUGUGGUGGUUUAGCUAUUGGUUUUAGUCUUUCACACAAGUUCACCGAUGGAUUUACAGUGUUCUCCUUCAUGAACGAAUGGGCUACUUCCUGCCGCGAAGGGGCAGAUAGAGUAAAAUGCUUAAGCUUUGAAAGCGGAUCCGUUUUGCCUGCAACGUGUAAAGCAACGCAUAAAAUUCCAGUCCCAGAUGAUAAUUCAGAAAAGCUUAUCACUAGGAGAUUUAUUUUCAGUGAAGCCGCUAUAUCUGCUCUCAAAGCUAAAGCCAUUGCCUUGGCUGGUGAUUUAGGACUUAAAAGCCAGCAGCAGCCUUCCAGAGUGCAGCUGAUGAUUGCCCUCAUGUGGAAGGCUCGCAUUGCUCUGGCUCAAGCAAAACACGGUUCAUUAAGGAAUUCAUUACAAAUCUUUCCUUAUAACUUUCGUGGGAAAACAGCCAUACAUAUACCACUGAAUGCUGCAGGGAACCUAUUCAGGAAUAUCAUUGUCCGAUUUACAGCAAAUGACAGGAAGCUGGACUUGCACCAAUUGGUGAAUCUAGUGGGAAAUGAAAUAAGGCACGCUGCCGAAUUUUUUGCAAAAACAGAACGGGCUGAGGAUUUGUUAUUGUCUGCAACUAGUUCGUCGAGAGAGAUCCAUGAAGAGCUAAUCGAAGGAAAUACAGAUAUUUGCGUCCUUACUAGCCUGUGCAAAUUUCCCUAUUAUGAAGCUGAUUUUGGUUGGGGAAAGCCUACUUGGGUAGCAAGUGGGCAUAAGCCGGUGGAAAUGGUUCUGUUAAUGGAUACCAGGUGUAGUAGUGGAAUUGAAGCAUGGGUAACCUUGGAACCAGCCGACAUGCUUCAAUUCCAGCAAGACCCUGAUAUUUUGGCCUAUAGUCGCAAGCCUGCAGAAUACUACUCAGUAAGUUAG